AUGGCCUCCGAGAAGAUGCGCUCUCGCUUCCGCGAGUCGAUUGCGCCUACGCCUCCCAGUCCUUCUGCCGAUCCGCAGAUGCUGAAGAAGCUCGAAGGAGGUGAUUUUCCCUCAGUCGUUUCUCACCAGUCUCCGGAGCGGCCAUUGAGGGGAUACCCUCCAUCACGGUCCGGCCAUAGCUCCUUUUCGGGGACGCCUGUGAUGAGUCCCCCCGAUGCCAAGGAGCAGGCACUAGUUGCCAAAUACCUCGCCCGCCGUGCGACCCUGCUAGGGUGGUUCGAGGAGCCAGCCGCGGCCACCAUUACCAGCGGCUGGUCUUCUACCUGUGUUGCGCUGAAGAAGCCUGACGGCAACUACGCCUAUGCGCCGGAUGACCCAAGCCCCGACCUGGUGGCUGCUGUGGCCCGCCUGGAAGAGAAUGCCGUCGUUUCCAUGGCCUCGGAGGUGACUAACACGGUCAUUGACACCAUUACGCCUAAACAGGCGAGCCUACUUAUGGAAAGCACCGGCGCCCGCAUUCCCAUCGUCCCCAGCCUGGCCGACGUCCACCAGUCGUUUGUGCACUCGACCAGCUCAUGCAUCGUCGUCCAGGAGCGCUGCGUGCUCAUUUGGUCCAAUGUCCCCAACACCGUUAUCAAUGUAGCACACAAUGUUGAGAAGCAGCUACUAGGCUUUAUUGUUGGCCCUUCAAUGCCCAGCGGAUUGCUUGCCCAAACCGAGGAGCAGUCAAUUGAGGGCCUCCCCACACCUGUCCGUGGCGCCAUCGACGAGAAAAAUGAGGUCUACCAACUCGCCAUCAAGGUCGAGGAGGGCGAAGGCGAGGGAGAUGAGGAUCUCGAGGGCAAGCCGCCCGUGCGGCCUGCCCUGAGAUUGCACUCGGUCCGAAUUGGUAUUGUCAUGAUCUUGGUCAUUCUAACACAGAGCAUGGGUGUUUCCAAAGUGAGUUGA